AUGAGCUUGAUUGAUCGCUCAAAAGACACCGCCAUGUUGCUCGAAAAGGUCGUGAUCAAGGCAAUGUACCCGACAUCUCUGGAUAACCAUACAGUAAGCAUAUCUCGACCCUUGCGAUCCCAAGGAGAUAGCUCCAGAGUCCAUAUGAUUCGACAACAUGCUACGACGGACCAGACUGCUCAUGAGCGAACUUCGGCCUGUCUGCCGAGCAAUGCGCCCACGUAUCCGUUAUCCAUCGAAGUUUGCCACAACUCCCACUUCUUCUUGCUCCAGACGUCCACAGGCCUGACGCUGCGCGAUAUACGGGCGCGUGAGCAAAUUCGACGGAAUCCAACUUACGGUGCCUGGCUGGUCAGCAUACCGAAUUCCUGGGAUUUCUCAUCACAUUCUCGGCCGCAGACGAACUGA